CUUUGCUUGAACCCUCCUCAUCGAUCCCCCAACCGGCCCAAUUUCCCUUCUCACUCAAGACCAUGGGAAUAGGUGCCUUUUUUGCCCUCUUAUCUAAAGUUGCUUCGGCUAUAAUUAUAUUCUCACUCGGUGCGCUCUGUGCCGUUGUCGUCCUCUUGAUCUAUGACAUUGUGUACCCGCCAAUCCAAGUCACAUGUUGGUACUGUAACGAGCAGUCCGCCCUGAAGGCAAGAGGAGAAGAGACUUCCAAUCGCUGGUAUUGUAGGAAAUGUGAGAACCAUAAUGUUCGAGACGAGAAUGGCGACAUAGUGGAUGAAUUCCCUGAAAUGUACAGCGCCAAGUCUAAUCGCCCAGUUCUCCCAAGACGCGAUCUUUCGCAGCGGUUUCAGUCCAACAUUCUAUGUGAAGACUGUGUCAGAAAGCAGCAAAUUAUUUACAAUGAAUCCAGACACUAUGUGAAGGACGAAACAGAUCCCGAUUACAAGCUUUCUUUACAGGUUGCAAAUUGGCAAAGGGAGGAUCUGGAAGAGCAGUAUCCUUUAUGUGAAGACUGCUCGACAAAAGUAGAACAAGUGUUGAAGGAGAAGAAUAUACCGGCCAUGAAACGCGAGGCUGACGAUGAAGAGGACGACAGCUGGCUGGAUUUAAUGCCUGAUCCAGAACCUAUAAAAUUGGCCCAAAAGCCCUCGUUUGCGUUCACCGUACUAUCAAGAGUCAAAGGACUUUUAUGGCAUUUAACGCACCUGAGCUCUCUGAUUAUAUAUUCUUUAGCGCUAUGGAAUCCAUCUGCCGUCAGAAACUUUUUGGUCGCAGAGGGCAAAUCACCCUUCUCUAUUCCAUUUCAGUCUCUUAAGGACAAGGAAUGGGAGUAUUGGCAGUACUGGAUGGUGAUGUCCUUGGCAUCUCUAUAUUGGAUGGAUUGGGAGCCUCUCACUCUGAGAUGGUAUGGUCAUGACCGAGUGCAACUUCACAACUUUAAGCAGUACAAGGUGAGUAGAUCUACAUCAUAGGGUCAUAACUCUGGGAUACAAAUCUCAUGAAUCUGUUGAGUAGAUCGCACAACGCGCCUUGUUUGCACUUCGGGUAUCGUUUCCCUUG